AUGGCAGCCGAACGCCCCCGCCACGACGACACAGGUCCCUUUGCGAGCCUGACCCAGGAGCUGGUCUACGGUGGUCCUGGUCCUCAGGAACACGAUUUCCACAUGCAUGACACAGACGUUGUUCUCAUGGUCGAAGGCGCCAGCCGCAACCUCCAUUUGUUACACCUGCAAAAUGGUAGAGAAGGCGGUGUUCCGGAUUUCGGCAAGGUUCGCCAGGAGCUUCAUAAGUAUGUCGCCAGCGCCCAGGCCGAAGUAGAGGACUUGCGCGACCAGCUGGAAUGGGUUGAAGACACGUUCCCCAAGAGGGAGGCCACAGAGAGUUCUGGCGCAGCCCAACUUGACCUUACUGGCAAUAAUCCCGUCGCUGCGGCCCAUGCUGCCUGUCAAGAUUUUCUUAAGCAACUGAAGUUGAUUAAGGACCCCGAUGAGGAUAUAGACGAGAGCAGCAAGGGGAAAAGCAGCAUGCCGAGGAAGCGGAAGAGGGAGGCGCAUACAAUGGCGGAGGGCUCCGAUAAAUACCACCAACAAGUCUGCACAUACAUGGAGGAGCAGGCUAAGGGCCGUGGCCUUAUCUUCAAAUGGUAUGAAGGUUCGUAUCCACGCGAUCCGUUCCGUCGUAGUGGCUCGCGAAUCAGAUACGAUGUGUACUUCCGCGAGGGUGGUGAUUGGAGUACUCAUUACGGGUCCUGUUAA